AUGGUCAUGUCCCUUGCAGUUGGCUUUCUAUGUGAUGCUUUGCUAGUGCUGGGUCAUGGGAUGCUUGGGGAGUGCGGUGGGGUGUGCAGUAGGGUUGGAGGUCUUUCUCUGAGCCCUGCUGGAGAUUUCAUUGCUGAGUGGUUCGAGGGUCAUGGCCCUUAUUCUUUGGGGAUUUUGGGUCUUGUCCCAGGAAGAGGCAUCGCAGGCAAGGCUCGGGCGUUCUUUGUUUUCGGAGACUCUUAUGCCGACACAGGAAAUCGUAAUCCAUAUAAUCAAACUGUAAACCGGAUAUGGAGAAAACCAUACGGGGAUAUUUUAGGGCUUCCUGUUCCUAUAGCUUAUGAGCUGCUGAGAAGUCAUGACUGUAAAUCAACUGCAAAGAAGAUUAGACAAGGAGUGAAUUUUGCAGUUGGAGGAAGUGGAAUAUUUCAAGCCUACGGUUUCAUAACAGUAGCACAACAGGUGAAAGAGUUUAAAAAACUGAUAGCAGGAAGUCACGGGUUCGAUUCUCGCAAGCUCUCACGAUCUGUAGUUCUUAUCUCUGUGGCUGGCAACGACUACGGUGCAUUCCUUUCUAGUAGAAACGGCUCCAUUGAAGGACUGAUCGAUCUGGUGAAACCUGUGGUAAGCGGGACAAUCGACGCUGUGAAAGAGUUGUAUGAAAGCGGACUUAGGAAUUUUGCGGUGAGUAAUAUUGGGCCGUUUGGGUGCGAGCCUCAGAUCGGCAAAACAUCCUGUGAUUCAAACUACAACGACUUUGUAGCUCUUCAUACAAGAUUAUUGAGAGAGGGCGUAGGAAGCCUUAAAUCGGAUCUCAAGCAAUUGUCCAUCAUAAUUUCAGAUUUGGUGUCUGCAAUUAAUUAUAUCUUCUCCAGUCCUGCACAAUUUGAUUUUGUGGAUUUGUUCGUCCCUUGCUGUGCUGAGAAAGGUGGGGUUGAAUUGUGUGGAGAGGUGGACGAAAUAGGCGGAGCUUUAUCUGAAGUGUGUUCAAAAGUAGAAGAAAAGUUCUACUGGGAUUCAGUCCAUCCAACACAGCGAGGAUGGGAUGCGAUAAUGCGGCUGUACAGUCAUGGAGCAAAUGAAGAGAAUAAAACAAUCAGUUUUAUUGAUGGAGCGCCAAACGUUAUUGAGUGGAUAGAUUCCCUUGGAUUUGUGGCUUACGAUAUGUCCACAAUGUUAUCACCUGAAUAA